AUGCUACGGAAGAGUCGUCGAGGAUGUGAGAUUUGUACAAACAUUGGACAAAAACAAAAGGAUAUGAGAUAUGUUAGGCGCUUUACUGGUGGAUAUAUAUUGGGUAGGAUUUUUUCUGCAAGGAACACUGGAGUUUGAUGGAUACCGUUUGGUGCAUUUGGCCGUGUUCAGUUGAUCUGAUACAUGGGCUUGUUGUUUCGUUGGCGUUUACGAUACACCCUGGUGGUUUGCGUGCUUUUACAGAUGAAAUGGAAUUUGAUUUCAUUCUCUUCACUCUACUUACCCCGCUGGACUGAGAAGAGUGUCAGCGAAUAAGUCAUAC